UGCCGUAGAACCGAGCGGAGCGCGCGUGCGCAGAAGCCCAGCGGCCGUGCGUCGGGUCGGCAGCUCCGAGAGGACUGCGGUAGAGACGCGUAGCCUAGCCAUGAAGAGCCGCUUCAGCACGGUUGAUCUCCGCGCUGUGCUCGCGGAGUUGAACGCGAGCUUGCUAGGAAUGAGAGUAAACAACGUUUAUGAUGUGGAUAACAAGACAUAUCUUAUUCGGCUUCAAAAACCCGAUUUUAAGGCUACGUUGUUACUUGAAUCUGGUAUACGAAUUCACACAACAGAAUUUGAGUGGCCUAAGAACAUGAUGCCAUCUAGUUUUGCCAUGAAGUGUCGAAAACAUUUGAAGAGUCGGAGAUUAGUCAGUGCAAAACAGCUUGGUGUGGAUAGAAUUGUGGAUUUCCAGUUUGGAAGUGAUGAAGCUGCUUAUCAUUUAAUCAUUGAGCUCUAUGAUAGGGGGAACAUUGUUCUUACAGAUUAUGAGUACCUAAUUUUAAAUAUCCUAAGGUUUCGAACUGACGAAGCGGAUGAUGUUAAGUUUGCAGUUCGUGAACGCUAUCCUGUUGAUCAUGCCAGAGCUGCUGAACCUUUGCUGACUUUAGAAAGAUUGACUGAAGUCAUCGCUAGUGCUCCUAAGGGUGAACUGCUGAAGAGAGUUCUUAACCCAUUACUUCCCUAUGGACCAGCUCUUAUUGAGCACUGUCUUAUAGAAAAUGGAUUCUCUGGCAAUGUCAAAGUGGAUGAAAAACUUGAAAGCAAAGAUAUUGAAAAAGUACUGGUUUGUGUGCAGAAGGCAGAAGAAUAUAUGAAAGAAACAUCCAACUUCAAUGGAAAGGGCUAUAUAAUCCAGAAAAGAGAAGCAAAACCAAGCUUGGAUGCAGAUAAACCGGCUGAAGACAUACUAACGUAUGAGGAAUUUCAUCCUUUCUUGUUUUCUCAACAUUUACAAUGUCCAUAUAUAGAAUUUGAAUCGUUUGACAAGGCUGUGGAUGAAUUUUAUUCCAAGAUAGAAGGUCAGAAAAUUGAUUUAAAAGCUUUACAACAGGAAAAACAAGCACUGAAGAAAUUAGAUAAUGUUCGGAAGGAUCAUGAAAACAGAUUAGAAGCUCUUCAGCAGGCUCAGGAAAUAGACAAACUGAAAGGAGAACUCAUAGAGAUGAACCUGCAGAUAGUCGACAGAGCCAUUCAGGUAGUCCGCAGUGCACUAGCCAACCAGAUAGACUGGACAGAAAUUGGCGUGAUUGUGAAAGAAGCUCAAGCUCAAGGAGACCCUGUGGCAACUGCAAUCAAAGAACUAAAACUGCAAACAAACCAUGUUACAAUGCUGCUACGAAAUCCAUACUUGUUAUCAGAGGAGGAAGAUGAUGAUGGUGAUGCCAAUAUUGAGAACAGUGAUGUUGAACCACCAAAAGGGAAAAAGAAAAAGCAAAAGAACAAGCAGCCGCAGAAGCCUCAGAAAAACAAGCCUCUGCUUGUCGAUGUGGAUCUCAGCCUGUCAGCCUAUGCCAAUGCCAAAAAAUACUAUGAUCAUAAGAGGUAUGCUGCUAAGAAAACACAGAGGACUGUAGAAGCUGCUGAGAAGGCGUUCAAGUCAGCAGAAAAGAAAACAAAGCAAACCUUAAAAGAAGUGCAAACAGUUACUUCUAUCCAGAAGGCAAGAAAAGUAUACUGGUUUGAGAAAUUUCUGUGGUUCAUUAGCUCAGAGAACUAUCUAAUUAUAGGUGGUCGAGAUCAGCAACAGAAUGAGAUCAUUGUGAAAAGAUACUUGACACCAGGAGACAUUUAUGUACAUGCUGAUCUUCAUGGAGCUACCAGUUGUGUGAUUAAGAAUCCAACAGGAGAAGCCAUCCCUCCACGGACUUUGACUGAGGCAGGCACAAUGGCACUUUGCUACAGUGCUGCUUGGGAUGCACGAGUUAUCACUAGUGCUUGGUGGGUGUACCAUCAUCAGGUGUCUAAAACAGCACCAACAGGAGAAUAUUUGACAACAGGAAGCUUCAUGAUAAGAGGAAAAAAGAAUUUCCUUCCUCCUUCAUAUCUAAUGAUGGGGUUCAGCUUCCUUUUUAAGGUAGAUGAGUCUUGUGUCUGGAGACAUCGAGGUGAACGGAAAGUCAGAACACAGGAUGAAGACAUAGAAACGCUGACGAGCUGCACAAGUGAACUCGCGUCUGAAGACAUGGAACAACUAGAAGCGGGCGACAGUAGUGAAGACGACAAAGAGGACAUACAUGGAACUCCUGUACAAGUAGAACUCGUGACCCAGGUCAGUCAAGAGGACAUUGCUGUUCAGAGUGGCAGAGAUGAAUUAAGUGAGGAAUUAAUACAGGAAGAAAGCUCUGAAGAUGGAGAAUCUAAAGAAGUUACAAAAGACGAAGAGCCCGUUGAUGAAAUGAAGGGUGAGGAGGAAGACACCCUCAGUUACCCUGACACCACCAUUGACUUGUCCCACCUUCAGUCCCAGAGGCCUCUGCAGAAACUGGCUUCAAAAGAAGAAUUUUCUAAUUCAAGCGACAGUAAAUCACAGAGUCGAAGACAUUUGUCAGCCAAGGAAAGAAGGGAAAUGAAAAAGAAAAAGCUUCCAAGUGACUCAGGGGAUUUAGAAGUGAUAGAAGGAAAGGACAAAGAGAGAGAGAGUUCUGUGCACACUGAAGCUUACCAGAACACUAGCAAAAAUGUUGCAUCUGGACAGCCAAUGAAAAGAGGACAAAAGAGUAAAAUGAAAAAAAUGAAAGAAAAAUACAAAGACCAGGAUGAAGAAGAUCGUCAGCUUAUUAUGAAAUUGCUAGCAUCUGCAGGUUCAAACAAAGAAGAAAAGGGGAAGAAAGGAAAGAAAGGAAAAACAAAAGAUGAACCUGUGAAAAAACAGCCACAGAAAGCCAGAGGUGGACAACAGGUUUUAGAUGUUGUUAAGAGGGAAGCUCCAUCCCUUCAGGUUUUAACUCACGACUUACAAGACUUAGCUGUAGAUGACCCACAUGAUGACAAGGAAGAGCACGAUCUGGACCAGCAGGGAAAUGAGGAAAAUCUGUUUGAUUCUUUGACAGGGCAGCCACAUCCUGAAGAUGUACUAAUGUUUGCUAUUCCAAUAUGUGCUCCUUAUACCACCAUGACAAAUUAUAAGUACAAAGUGAAACUUACUCCUGGAGUUCAGAAAAAGGGAAAAGCUGCAAAAACGGCCUUGAAUAGUUUCAUGCAUUCCAAAGAAGCAACAGCAAGAGAAAAAGACUUAUUCCGCAGUGUGAAGGACACAGAUUUAUCAAGAAACAUUCCUGGCAAAGUGAAAGUGUCCGCACCUAAUCUUCUUCAUGUAAAAAGAAAAUAGCUGAAAUGAACUCCUGAAACACUGUGAAGAGCCAAUUUUAUAGCCUUUGGAAGUUCAAAGAUGCAAACUUAUUAAUAGGACUUCCACAUUUACAAAUGAACACAUUGCCUUGCUAUAUCACCAAAAGGACUUAAGAUUUUUUUUCAAGUUUUAUAUGUAUAUACAUAUAUAAACUAUUACAAUAGUAUUUCCUAGAAUAUUUGUUAAAUGAUACACACCUGUAAUUGUUCUGCAUUUUAUUGACAUUCUUGAGGUUUCAUUUAAUGAUGUAAAGCCCUGAAGUGGCUCAACUGCAUUAACUACUGGCCUGGAGGUUUACUGUAUAGAACAUCUAAUACACACAUUACAAUCAAUCGUAGGGGGGCUUUGUUUGCUUUUUGGGGGCAAGUAACAUUUAGUGUUUGACAAUUGUUUCUGUGCAUUCAUAUACAUCACCUUCUACCCUGAUCUCUCCCUUUUAAUGUCAUUCAGUUGUGUGCCAUAUUCUUUCCAUCAAAUGUCUUACCUAUUAGAUUAUCAGAAGUGCAUUUUUUUUUUAGGUUUAUCACUAAAGAUUCCUGGUCCAGUUUUCUUCUCUCUCCUACCAGAACAGAGAAUAAAAUCAUACAUUUUA